AAAAGGUUUUAAUAAUACGUGACUUGCAUUUACCGCACAGAACUUAAAUCGAGAUGAUUCAUCAAAUCAUACAUGAGAAAAAUGUCAGUGGAAUUUUUAAAAUAAAAGUGGGAGAUUGUGUUACGUUACGGCAGUGUAGAGUGUAGACCGACACCGACAGUGUGUAGCGAAUAAUUUAGUUCGUGCUUUGUUUGAAUUGUAUAAAAACUUUAGUAGUUGUAUUCGAAAUGGUGCAGUAUAAAUUGUAUUAUUUUAAUUUCACGGGAAGAGGUGAGCCGAUUCGUUUGCUUUUUGCGUACGGAGGGAUUCCCUUUGAAGACUUCCGGUUCGAAUGGGAAGAUUGGCCAGCAAUUAAACCAAAUAUGCCAAUUGGUACAAUACCCGUAUUGGAAAUCGAUGGAAAACCUUUCUGGCAAACAACACCACUUUGCAAAUACGUUGCAAACAGUUUGAAACUUGAUGGAAAAGACGGUUUGGAAAACUUGUCUAUAGAUUGCGUUGUUGACACGUUGUGGGAUUUGUUAUCAUCUGUUUACACUCGUUUCAAAGAAUCAGACGAAGAAAGAAAGAAGCAAAUAGAAAAAACUUUGUACGAACAAGUACCUGUAAUACUUGGAAAAUUCGAUGAAAAUGUUAAGAAAAACGGAUUCAUCGCUCUAAACAGACUCACUUGGGCGGAUAUUGUAUUCCUUUCUGCAUAUGAGGACCUAAUGAAUCUCGUCCCUGAGAAGAAUGUUUUUGAGCAAUACCCGGCAUUGAUCAAACUAAAAGAUAAAAUAUUAGAAAGUGAAAACAUUCGAGAAUAUCUUCGAAAACGUCCGGCUUCUAAGAUCCCGAAAACAUACGAUUUGAAGAACGAUUUUUAAAAUAUUAACCCCCGCAUAUGUAAUACUACCAAAUAAUAGAUGUUAUCUGUAACACUUUGAUUAAAAUAUAUGCACAUCCGAAAUCAUUCACCUAUUUUUUUCAAACCCAACGGUAGACCCCCGUCCGGAUCGACGCCGAAUUUCGACUUGGAAAUCCGGACUGGAAUUUCCGUCUUAUCGACGGGGACGAGCUCGAACGCCUUCAACAGGUGGAAGAACAGCACUUUGACGCUCAAUAGACCGAAUCGAUUGCCGAUGCAGUUCCUCGGGCCCACGCCGAACGGAAGGUACGAGUACGGUUCGAUGCUGCCCCUGUUCUCGUCGUUGAACCUUUCCGGAUCAAAGCGCUCCGGAUCCGGGAACAACUCCGGAUCGCGGUGGAGUCCGAAUAUCGGCACUAAUACAAUGUCGCCUUCGGCUAAGUGAAGGGGUUUUUCCCCCGGUAAUACCGGCUCGAUUGUGUACGGUUUGGUGCAUAGCCUGUCCACUGAUACUGCGCCCGGCCAUUUUCUCAAUGUUUCUGUAAUAAAACGAAAUGUAUUCGCGUAAAUUCCAAGUAACAGAGCUGAAAUUGGA